AUGAAGGGCGACCCCCCCGCGAGCGGCACCCUGAGCGUGGGCCAGGCCCGCAAGCUGGUGGAGCAGCUCAAGAUGGAGGCCAGCCUGGGCCGCAUCAAGGUGUCGAAGGCGGCGGCGGAGCUGUUGUCCUACUGUGACGCGCACGCCUGUGAGGACCCCCUCAUCACCCCCGUGCCCACCUCGGAGAACCCCUUCCGCGAGAAGAAGUUCUUCUGCGCCCUGCUCUGAGCGG